GUGUGGGGAAGAUUACAGUAGUGAGUUAUUUCGCACUCAGUCAGUACACUCACUUUCUCACACAGUCUUCAGGAUGAACCAUCCACUGCAUUUCGCUCUCCUGCUCCUCUCCUUGGGAUUUCUGGACCAGACCACCACCAGUGCUGUUCUUAUGGACAAACUGGCAAACAGCAAAAUCUGUGCAGAUGAGGAGUGCUCAUGUGAGUACAGUAGAUUUGUAUGCACCUUACCGAUCAGAACACCAUUGUUGGGGAGUAUGGAUUUGUGCUCUCUAUUCAGACAUUCUGGAUUUUUUGAGGGGUGUGACAAUACCAUGCACCCAUCAAUCAAUCCAGUCAAUGCUGGCUUUAUAUGUGAUUUGACAAGAGUGCACAGUCAAUGUUUUAUUUUAUAUACUGUAGGUCAUUUGCUUUCAUGUUGUUUUUGUUGUUGUUCCCUCUCAGAUGCUCUCUCUAUGGCCGUGGGUCUGGAUGACUUCACUGCUCCUGACUGCAGAUUCAUCAACAUCAAGAAGGGCCAGAUGAUCUACGUGUACUCCAAACUCACACCAGAGGAGGGCACUGGAGUCUUCUGGUCUGGAAGUGUACGUUCUGUGAUGACUGGUUUGUUUCCAGAGUUACAGGAACAUUUUCAUCACGAUUCAAAUAUGUUUUUAGAAAAUGGUCCAUGCAAACCGUUUUACAUCAAUUCAUGUUGAAAUGUAAAGAACCUAGUGAAAUUAUUCCACAUGAUCAAUGAACCAACCAAAUCAGGUGAUUCUAUGCCCCAUCUUGUUGGUAGUGAGGUGGAAAACUGUUGAGGUGCAUGUUGCUGUGCCUGUCACAUUUCUUUUGCGUUUCGAGCUGUGGAAUGUGUGAGAUUCAGGCAGAAACUCACAGAUAUGUGACUCGAUCACACAAAUGCAUCUAUUCUGUCCCAUGAUCUUUAUUUUUUUCUGUCAUGAUGAAAUACCUUAGCACAUUUAUCUAGCACCAUGUUCCUCUCUCUGGCAGGUUUACAGUGAGCGUUAUGUGGACCAGAUGGGCAUCCUUGGCUACUUCCCCAGCAACCUGGUGAAGGAGACUACCAAAUUUAAGAAGGAUACUGAUACUGUGGAGAUCCCUACGGCCGUGAGUAUUACCUCAACUUCCACGCAUUCAACACUAUAGCUAUCAACAACAUGUUGUUUGUCUCCAUUCGUCUUCUCGCUCAGUAGCUGCAUAGUCACAGGUGAUCAACAGUUCCAGAAGUAUUACUUAUUGUUGUAGUUUUGAUCAUUGUUACAUUUGUUCUCUCUUGCAGGAUGUUGACUUCUACUGUUUUUGAAUCUCUGGAUGAUGUAGACCACAAGGUCUCUUUUUUGAUCAGCUGUUUCACUUUAUUCUGAGAAUUACAAAGGAAAUAUGCGGAAAUAGAGAUCUCUAUGAUCUGCGGAGCAAGGUUUUUAUUAUUUCAAAGACUUUUCUUGUAUUUUGAUAUAGAAAAUGUUUAAAUAAAACCCCUUUUAUCCCAA